AUCUCUUUGCUACGCAUGUUGCUUACGCCUGACGAGGGAGUCUGGUGUAAGCUCUCCCCGUAGCGACCGCACGGCUCUCCGCCACCCAGCGAGUCCCCGGAGGGAGGAGGAGAACGAAGGUCCUUCUCUCACUCCUGCUCUGCCAUCCCCGAAGCGACCCAAUCAGAGCUCCCUCCCCUUCCACGUGCCCUUUGUAGCAGCUAAUCGUGUCCCAAAGACCCCGACUCGAAGAAGAGCGAAGGGGCGACUCCUGGGCUCGUUAGCCACAGCCCGCGUCUUUCCGCCUCCCUCAGCGAAGGCUUUUCACGGGGUUGGUUUGGUUGCACCUUGGUCCUCCCCUUGACGUCUGCAACGGCAUCUUUCCUUGGAAUGAUUUGUUCGUCAAAGAUUCCUGUGCUUAAAAUAAAGUCCCUUGGCAUCGACAGGCUUCAUUCCUCUACUGGAACCAUGGCUUUGGUCGCCCUACUGAAGUGGUGCGUGUGGCUUGGCCUCGCCCAUCAUUUUGUUGUGGUCUCCGCAUGCCAUGGAUCUUAUGGACAAUUCAUUGAGGAAUUUUGUCUCAGCAAAUUUAAAUCUGACAUGGAAACUCUCAGGAAGACACUGUGGUGCAAUUGGGAUAAGACUUUGGGCUGUUACAAGGAGCUUACCAAUUGCACCAUCCUGAUAGCUGAGAAACUGGAUUGUUACUGGCCAAACCAACUGGUGGAUCAGUUCUUCAUAACAAUUCAUAGGCAUUACUUCAAAAACUGCCCUGUUUCAGGAAGGGCUUUAGGAGACCCUCCUAAUGCCAUUUUGUGUCCAUUCAUUGUUGUACCUAUUUUUAUCACCCUACUCAUGAUGGUGUUGGUAGUGUGGCGAAGCAAACACAGUGAAGGCAUUGUUUAAACUUUUUUAAUACUCGAAGGCCCAAGAUAACAUCAAUGAAGAUGAACCCCAAGGUCUCCAACCUCCAAGCUAUAUUGAAGGGCUACUUUGCUGUUUCUUCGGUAGAGAUCUGGAUUCUGGCAAAAGUAUUUUUAGAGACAGUGUCUAAUAGUAGAAAACAUUCUGCUACCCAGAGAAAAAACUAUAUGCAUAUUCUUUAGCUAACAAAUAUUUUGCUAAAGUCAAGAGAACACACUGAGAAGUUGUUCUCAUUGUCUGAACUGACAUCAAUCAUACUAGAGACAUGCUUGCACUAAAACUGCUUCAAUCUUCACUUCUUCAAAUUUAAGCUUCCCUUUCCUGGUUCUUUCAAUAUGUUUUUAUUGUCCUUGGUCAUUACACACUUUCCUUGGGACUAUGGACUACUUUUUCAGAUAAGGUAAUUUCAAAAAAAAAAAAAAUGCUGGUGAUGCACAUCAGCACCUGUGUAUAUUGCAUCAUGGACAGUGUAAGAACAUUGUCCAUGAUGCAAUAUAAGAAAUCAUUUCAACUCCUUUUGUUGGCUAAAAACACUGGAAAAGCAAUAUAUACUGUUCUUUGUGUUACAGUGGCAUUUAAGAGCAUGGGAUAGUACUCUGGCUGAAAAAUUAACAUAGCAACAACAUUUUUUAGAAAAUCCUAUGAUUUAUAAAUUCAUCCAAAUAUUAUCACCAUUUCCUAGGCAUACUAAUGUUUUUCCUAAUAGAUUACUUUUGUAUGAACAAAUGUUCAUGAGUUUGGUAGAAUGCCUACCCUGAGGACAAGAACAUCUACAUAUUGGCUCACAGCUGUUGGCUGUUCCAUGUGUGCACGUAAGAGACUAUGAGAUGGAGAAUGAAAAGAUGCCAUAACUUGCAGUUAUAAAUAACAGUUGUUUGUUUCAACAAUAAAAUCCAGUCAAAACAUGUAAGCUUAA